UAAUCUCGCGGGUUGUCCAUUUAUCUUUCAGGUACAUUAAUAUAAGUUUUGUGUUCAUUCAAAUCGAUUACAAAUUAAUAUCUAAUAUACUCGCUUGUGCAUAUCUAGGGAUUAAUAUCUAAUCUACUUGCUUCUGUAUAUCCAGGCAUGGGUGUACGAGGCUAUACCUUACUGUAAUGGCCUGUAUGGGGUCAAGAAAUCUCUCCCUUCAAUUCCGCGAAUUGUUACAUGGAACACUUAAAAAACGAUUGAAUACAGAGAUGUUCAAUUGCGUUUGUUCGCAGCUGAUAAUGUGAGUAAUUUACUGUACUACAACAAACACUAAAACUUCAAAUUCAUUCGAUUUUAAUAAUCAUUUGAAUUCGUUGCCUGUUUGGCAGGUUGAUCCCUUGGUUGAGUUGAGAGCUUACGAUAGUGAAUUAGAAGAGGAUUGGUUUAAAUUACUCCAGCUAUAUAAACCUAGUGAACUUGAUAUUGCUCUAGCAUGUUACGGUGAGGAUGAUAUUGAUCAAGGAGCGACUGAUAUUAGAUCUACAGAAGAAAACACUAUUGAUGAUGUACCUGUUGAUCAAUCCAGAACCCACACAGUUGAUGUUGGUGAUGGCAAUGUUUGUGCGGAUGAUCAGGGCGAUACUUUGUUGGACAAGGUUCCUCGUACUCCUAUAGUUCAUCAGGCUUUGAAGAAGCGCCCCCGGCCUAAACCUGCCAGUGAAUUUAUGAACCAUGAUGACAUAUUGGAGUCUCUGUUUCAGCGGAUGGAAAAACAUAUUGAUGCUCGUAUUGAAGCGCGGUUUCAGCAGAUGGAGGACAAGUUCGGUGCUCAAUUACGGGACAUCCAAAAUCAGUUACGUGAUAUUCAUGAGAUUCAAGAGAUCAAAUCAUCACACCAUACCCCCACCACCCCAUCUCACUCUUUAUCUUUCACCUUCAAUCUCCUACUCAUUUCACCAUCUCUCUCUGCAAAUGGCAAUUACGAACUUGUUCUUGAUCACACUAGCAUUGACAAGCCUCUUCAUUGGCUUGGCACUUGCAGACUGGAACAUAUUGAACCAAAGAAAGAAGCAUGUGGUGGGAGAUAGCCUGAAAACUUACUGUGAAAGCUGGAGGAUAAACGUUGAGCUUAACAAUAUAAGGGAGUUUGAAGUAGUUCCCCAAGAAUGCAUAGAUUUAAUCAAGAAGUACAUGACAUCUUCUCAGUACAAGGCUGACUCUGAGAGGGCCAUUGAAGAGGUGAUUCUCUACUUGAGCAGUUGUUGCACUUUGGAAGGUGAUGGUAAAGAUGCUUGGAUAUUCGAUGUUGAUGAUACUCUUCUUUCUACCAUUCCUUACUUCAAGAAACAUGGUUUUGGGGGAGAGAAGCUGAAUGCAACAUCUUUGGAAUCGUGGAUGAAAGAGAGCAAGGCCCCAGCUCUUGAGCAUACACUCAAGCUGUACCAUGAGAUCAAGCAUAGAGGGAUUAAGAUUUUCCUAGUCUCUUCAAGAAGGGAAACUCUAAGAUCUUACACUGUUGACAACCUCAUCAGUGUUGGAUACCAUGGAUGGACUAGUCUUGAAUUAAGGGGUCUUGACGAUGAAUACAUGAAAGUGCAACAAUACAAGUCUGCAGUGAGACAAAAAUUGAGUGAUGAAGGGUACCGCAUCUGGGGCAUCAUUGGAGAUCAAUGGAGCAGUUUCGAUGGACUCCCCAGUGCAAAAAGGACUUUCAAGCUACCAAAUUCCAUGUACUAUCUAUCCUAAAUUCCACCUACCAUAUUAUCAUUGUUGUCAUUGUUACUUUAAUACCCUCUUGGGAUUGUUGUUGAGAAAUCGAAAAGUGUACCAAGUAAAACGAUAAAGCUCAAUUUAAUGUUAUAUUCAACUACCAUUAAAGUUAGUUGAAGUAA